AUGACUUCUAGGCGCUCCACUCGCAUGGCUUCCAAAAAGUCUACCGACGCUCAUCCCUCUUCAGACCCAGCACAAGAGCCAGCGCAACUUGCACCAAUAGCCUUCGCUGAAGCUCUGCCUGGACUCCAGAGGAAAAUAGAACACAAACGACAGCAAAGCUCGGAAACCGAGAUCGCCAAAGAGCUUCUGGAGACAGCUGAGACAGCACAAGAACUUGCUACACCUGGGCUUCCCCCGCUUCAAAGCAAAACAGAACACAAACGACAGCAAAGUUCGGAGACUGAGGUCGCCCAACAGCUUUUGGAGGUAGCUGCAGGGAUCAUUGAAGGUGUUAGCGCUAAUUUGGUAAAAGACGGUGUGUUGAAUUUGGACGAGGUGAGCAACCUCGAAACGGCAGCAAAAGAGACAGUGGAAGUCAUCAAAUCCAUUGCAAAAUUCGUCAAAGAGCACGAAGGAUGGGAUGUCCAGGCUGUCUCAUUCUCCCGUAUGAGGAACAAGCAUCUUCUACGGCUUGGGGUCUCUACUUUACACACCGUAACAUGCAAGGCCUUUGCAGGAUUCCUCCUCGAGAUGGAGCGUGAAGCCAGCAAAGAAGUCCAGAAUGCCAUGGCGAUCUGGGAUCCCAACCCUCUGGGAGAAUCAAUCGCGGUGUGGGAGAAGCACGCCGGUGGUGGGACCGAGGCGUGCAGUGGUUUAGUGGUUAACCAGUUCAUCUACUCCUUGAUUGUUUUCUGCCAUCCCCUUGACCGGUCUUCAAAUGUAUUUCCCGAGCUCACACUUGCCAAGGCGGGGAACUCGCCUGCUUCAUUUAUCAACAAUGACAAGAGAAAGGCGACAUUUCUGACAGGAUCCACCGACUAUGGGGUCAUUACACUUCAAUGGGACCGGCCGCACCUUACGGAAGAGGCUGAGGAAGUAACAACCCUACUUAGUGCGAGCACGUUAUCCGAUGUCCUCAACGCUCGACGUCAUAUGAAAAAGGACUCAAAUUUGGUUAUAAUUGAGGUGAAAAACCCAAACGAGCCGUUGCGCGCUCAUAUACCACAAGCAGUGGGAGAGGCUAUGGCAGGGAUCGAAGUGGUGAAGAAGAUGAAACUCACCAGCAAUCACUCGCUCUCAUUCGCGUUAACCAACGGAAGACAAUGGAUAUUUGGUGCAAUAAAUGAAUCUGCCGACUCUAUGGACUAUGCCUGCUAUCUGACUGAGACACUGUCAGCGCCAAGUUUCAGUAUCGAAGCUCAGUCUAAGGCCCUGUUCUUCUGGGCAAUUUUGACAUUGUUCUUUUCAAAGGCUACUAGCAGUGGUGCAACCCUAUGCAGUGGUUUGCGAGGCGUGGCCUCUACGAAAGAAAAUCUACAACGAUGA